AAUCGGGAUCUUGUAAGGGUGUUUGUGUGUUAACUUCUGGUGGAAAAAUAUGGACGUGGAGGUUGUGAAAUCUGAGUUGGUGCCAGUUUCUGUGGAAUCUGGGAGUGAAGAAAACAGCUCUUCGUUGCAUGAGAAGGAAAAUGGGACAUUGAAUCAGGAAACUGGGCUUAAUGAACCCAUAAAAUUUGGUUCACAUGGCAUGGAUGAGCCGGUUGAUAGAGAAGGAAGCAACAUCCCUGUGGCUGACUUCCCAAAGGAUGUGGUUGAUGAAUGGCCUGAACCUAAGCAGAUCCAUUCUUUUUAUUUGGUCAAGUAUCGAACAUAUGAGGACCUAAAACUGAAAGCCAAAGUGGAGCUGGCCGAUAAGGACCAGCAAAAGAAGAAUCAAGCAAAGUUUCAGAUUAGUGACAAAUUCUGGGCUAAAAAGGUAUGCUGAACUUUAUUUUAAACUAAUUUUGUUACAUU